AUGUUCCACGAGGACAUGAUGGGAGCACUGCUGGAGGACGAAGAAGUGUCCAUCACCCUACGAUUCGGGACCUCCCACAUCGAGGCGAACCCUCCGCGUCGUGACAACGAGGAUUCGGUACCGACGCCGGUUCGCCGAACCGACAGAACAUCUCGGAAAGGGUGGUCGUCGAGCGACGUCGAGUUGGUGGAGGACCCGCGGGUGGAGCAACGGCGAUGGCGGCUUCGCAAAGCGGUCAACCGGGCCGACGGACGCAUCCCGACUGGCGCGGCAGAGGUGGAGUGGGCUAGCGAAGAGCCGCCCCAGGACCAGCUGGCUCCCAGUAGCCAUGCCGAGGCUGUGGUAGCGGCUACGUGGGAGUUUCGACGAAAGUGCGAGGCGCGAAGGCGGAGCGAGGAGCGGCGGUUAAAGGAGAUGGAGGAGUCGCCGGACACCCGGACGUUCGUGGCCGAAGGAGUUAGGUGGCGACAGCAGACGGUUGUCUGGACCUGGCCGGAGGGACCCGUAGAGGAGACGGCAGCGACGGAGGAGCCCCGAAUCUGGGAAGAAAGUGGUCCCCGGGUAAGCCCGCUGGAUCCCAGACCGGAGCAGUGGGCACCACCGACGCCGAGCACCGGACCAACAACGUCAAGGACAGGGCCAUCGACGCCAAUGCCUACCGGGAGCGCGACGGUAAGCGCGGAGCCAGAUGAGCCGCUGGAGCGAGGAGCCUGGGUGUGGCCCGAGCCCGUGGAAGGUGGCCGACCUCCGCUCAAACGGCAGCACUCGGCGCCCGAAGUGUCCGAGGUGGUGACACGGCCGAAAUUGUCGCGGACGGUCGACGUCGAGUUGGUGGAGGACCCGCGGGUGGAGCAACGGCGAUGGCGGCUUCGCAAAGCGGUCAACCGGGCCGACGGACGCAUCCCGACUGGCGCGGCAGAGGUGGAGUGGGCUAGCGAAGAGCCGCCCCAGGACCAGCUGGCUCCCAGUAGCCAUGCCGAGGCUGUGGUAGCGGCUACGUGGGAGUUUCGACGAAAGUGCGAGGCGCGAAGGCGGAGCGAGGAGCGGCGGUUAAAGGAGAUGGAGGAGUCGCCGGAGUGGCAGGCCCAACUGCGGAUGGCCGAGGAGGAGGAGCAGCAGCUCACCCGGACGUUCGUGGCCGAAGGAGUUAGGUGGCGACAGCAGACGGUUGUCUGGACCUGGCCGGAGGGACCCGUAGAGGAGACGGCAGCGACGGAGGAGCCCCGAAUCUGGGAAGAAAGUGGUCCCCGGGUGAGCCCGCUGGAUCCCAGACCGGAGCAGUGGGCACCACCGACGCCGAGCACCGGACCAACAACGUCAAGGACAGGGCCAUCGACGCCAAUGCCUACCGGGAGCGCGACGGUAAGCGCGGAGCCAGAUGAGCCGCUGGAGCGAGGAGCCUGGGUGUGGCCCGAGCCCGUGGAAGGUGGCCGACCUCCGCUCAAACGGCAGCACUCGGCGCCCGAAGUGUCCGAGGUGGUGACACGGCCGAAAUUGUCGCGGACGGUGUCGGCGCCGGAGGGCCAGCGAUGGCGAGAGAUCGCCAGCCGACGUCGAGUUGGUGGAGGACCCGCGGGUGGAGCAACGGCGAUGGCGGCUUCGCAAAGCGGUCAACCGGGCCGACGGACGCAUCCCGACUGGCGCGGCAGAGGUGGAGUGGGCUAG